ACUCCUCGUCUUCCUCUUCCUCAGCAGCGAGGACCACCUUCCUCCUCCUCCUCCUCGUCACGUGGUACCUCGAACGUCCUCACGAGCACGUGCACCACGCACCAACACAGGAGGUUCUAAAAGGUUCUUCAAGGUUCUAGCCGGUUGGAAUUCCUUCACGGAUGUUUGCGAGCAGCGAGCGGACUUCUCUGGAUUCUACUCGGCGUGUCUCCUUCCGCCGCAGGGGGGCGUCAAGCAGCGGGCGCAGCGGCGGCAUAAGUCCGCCGGAGCAGCAGAGGAGCCGGGCGAGCAGGCGAGGCUGAGCAGCUUUAAUGAAGAAGCACAACUGCUGACCGACGGGGACCCUUGUCAACAAGAAUGGGGUCACCAUGGCGACCACUUCUCCUCUUCUCAGCCAUCACUGUUGUUUCAGAUGUUGCACUAGCCGUGGGGGCGCGGCCUAUUUCCUACGCUGCCCUGCUGAGGAUGAAAGCAGACAGCUCUUCUUUGCCACUCGGCCCCCGCGGGCGACCACGGCAGCAUCACGGUGGGGGACCCGCCCUACCCGACUGGGCUGUCUUUGCCAGCCACCCUCAUCCCGCUAUGAACCUGCCUGACCCUCAGGAGGACCACACAAGUCAAGAAAGCCAAGAGUUGGGACUAGUUUUCAUCCAGGAGCCCGAGGAUGUGAUUUUCCCUUUGAGUGGUGAUGGCGACAACAACGUGAUGAUGCACUGCGAGGCGCGGGGGAACCCUUCCCCCACGUACAGCUGGUACGUGAACGGCACCAAGCUGGACGUGGAGGCCCACCGGCGCUACAAACUCAUCCACGGCCACCUGGUGGUCGCCAACGGCAGUCAGAGCGCCGACUCUGGGAAGUACCAAUGUCGCGCCCACAACGCUUUUGGCACGGCGCUCAGCCGGGACGCCCUUUUGCAGUUUGCAUAUGUUGAAGAUUUCAGCAAGAAGAGCCGAGGUGGCGUCUCCGUGCGUGAAAGCCAAGGUGUUGUGCUGAUGUGCUCGCCCCGCCCUCACUCUCCAGAGAUCGUCUAUAGUUGGGUGUUCAACCACUUCCCGUCCUUGGUGGCGGAGGACAGCCGGCGCUUCGUGUCGCAGGCGACAGGGAACUUGUACGUGUCCAAGGUCCAACCCUCCGACGUGGGCAGCUACAUCUGCCUGCUCAAGAACACGCUCACCAACGCCCGCGUCCUCAGCCCGCCCACGCCGCUCACCCUCAGAACUGACGGAGUGAUGGGAGAAUACGAGCCCAAACUGGAAGUCACCUUCCCCUCAUCCCAGUCAGCUGCCAAGGGUGUGACCGUCACCCUGGAGUGUUUCGCCCUGGGCAAUCCAGUUCCAACCAUUACAUGGAGGAAACUGAAUGGAAACAUUCCCAAGAAGGCCAGACUUCGCAAGUCUCAGGCACUUCUGGAGAUUCCUGACAUCCAGCUGGAGGACUCGGGGACCUACGAGUGCAAAGCUGACAAUCCUCGAGGAGGAGCCACCUUCAAAGGACUUCUGCAGGUCUACGCGUCACCAGAGUGGGUGAAGAAGAUGGAGGACAGGCGGGUGGACAGUGGAGAGACUCUGCAGUGGGAGUGCAAGGCCACAGGGAGACCCAGGCCCACAUAUCGCUGGUUACGUAACGCUUUACCUUUGACGUCGCAGGGUCGAAUAGAGGUGGUGAACGGCCAGCUGACCAUCCACCAAGUGCAGCCUGCAGACUCAGGAGUGUACCAGUGUGUGGCGGAAAACACCCACGCUGCACUCUACGCCAACGCUGCACUCACAGUUUUAGCAUCACCGCCCGUCUUCUUGGCCAACGCCGUGCGAGUCAUGGCCACGCUGGGCAAGGACGUGUCCAUGGAGUGCAAAGCGCGGGCGUCGCCCAGAGCCAGGAUGACGUGGCGGCGAGGAGAGCGCAGGAUCCAGCCCAGCAGAAGGUUCCUGCUGCUGAGGAACAACACUUUGAAGAUCCUCAACGCCAGCCAGGCGGAUGAAGGGGAGUAUGUGUGCCGGGCGGAGAAUCAGCUGGGCUGGGCGGAGAUGUCGGCCGUCUUGUGGGUCAAAGAGGCCAUGCGUGUGGAUCUGAGUCCCAGCAGCGUGGAGGUGACGGUGGGAGAGAGCGUGGUGCUGAGCUGCAAGGUCUCACACGACAGCUCCAUGGACGUCACCUUCCUGUGGACAUUCAACCAGCAGCCAAUCACCUUCCAGCAGGGAGGAGGACACUUUGAGUACAUCCAGACUGUCAGAGCCAAGCACACCUCCACGGUGGAUCUGAUGAUCAGGAGUAUUCUGCUGAUGCAUGCUGGGAAGUACGCCUGCAAGGCUCACACCAGUGCUGACACCGUGGCUGCGGAGGCGGAGCUUCUGGUUCGAGGUCCUCCCGGCCCUCCUGGAGUGGCCAUCGUGGAGGAGAUCGGUGCCACCAGUGCCAGCCUGUCCUGGAGCCGUGGUCUGGACAACCACAGUCCCAUCAGCACCUACCAGCUGCAGGCCCGCAGCCCCUUCUCUAUGGGCUGGCACAACGUCCAGACGGACCCAGAGUCUGUGACUGGAGACCUGGAGGCAGCCAUGGCGGUGCAGCUCAACCCUUGGGUGGAAUACCAGUUCCGAGUGGUGGCCAGUAACGCAAUCGGAACUGGAGACCCCAGUCCACCUUCGAGAGGGGUCCGCACUAAAGAAGCAGUGCCGUCUGUGGCGCCCGCUAAGGUGAGCGGUGGCAGUGGUCGCAGGCACGAGUUGGUCAUCUCCUGGGAGCCUGUGUCAGAAGAGUUCCAGAACGGUGAAGGUUUCGGGUACAUCGUGGCCUUCCGCGCUAACGGCAGCAGAGGGUGGAAGGAGAAAAUGGUGACGUGUGCAGACUCCGCCUCCUACAAGUACCGAGAUGAGACCUUCCCGCCUCUCACCGCCUUCCAGGUGAAAGUGGGCGUGUACAACAACAAGGGGGACGGUCCUUUCAGCCAGGUGGUCAUCAUUCACUCUGCAGAGGGCGAACCCAGGGAGGCGCCAUCAGACGUCAAGGCCUCCACCAUUUCCUCUUCACAAAUAAAGGUCACGUGGACGCCACCGCAUCCUGGUCCUGGAAGGCCCCGAGGCUAUGAGGUGAGCUCCUGGAAAGAUACGGAGAAAGAGGAGUUAGGAUGGAAGCAGAGAACCUUGAAGAACGAGACCUCCAUGGUGCUAGAAGGUCUAGAAGGAAACACAGGUUACUUCAUCAGAGUCCGAGGCUUCAACAACAUCGGCCAAGGUCCUGCCAGCGACACCGUCUCAGCCCACACCAGGAAAGCCCCUCCUUUGCAACCUCCAAGCAACCUGCUGUGGAUCCAAGAGGGCAACAACGUGUCUUUAAGUUGGGACCCGGUCAAGGCCAAGGACAACGAGUCUGAAGUCAUCGGGUACAUGGUGUUACUGGAGCAAGAGGGCAAAGGUCACCGCCAGGUGAGCCGCACCAUCAACCCGUCCAGCGCACUUUCCCUUCCUGAGGGCGGCACCUACGUCAUCCAGGUGCGAGUCCUCAGUGAGGGUGGGGAAGGAGCGUUGUGCUCACAAGUACGACUUGUCACGUCUUCUGGUGUGCGGGUGAAGAGCGGCCAUGUUUCUUUGCACGUGUGCAGAGACAAGCUGACGUGGACGAUGCUGAUCCUGCUCCUGGUGCCGUCAGCUUCCUGGUGAGACUUCCUGUCCUCCUUCCUGGGGGAGAAGAACUCGCUGGUCUUCUGCUUUGUGAUUCCCGAGGACUUCUGGAAGAAACGGACGGUGUGGAGUACAAAAGCGCGGUUUGGUUUUUCCUCUUCCUCGCUGCUGUGGUGCUCGACGCGAGUGCGACCACGGACUUCUUCAACCUUUGGUACCUUCUCUCAUGGACUCACUCCCAGACUGCCAGGUGUGGACAAUCCCUGGAGAUCUGCCAAGGAUUAGCCCCCCCAAGACCACCUUUAGGUCAGAACUCUCAGUAAUCCUUCUUUUUGGUACUCGCCCACCUUUUUCUACGCAACUACUUCCUGUUUUCUACUCCCAGACCAAAAGUUUGACUUCGUGGUUCGUCGGACGUGAGAAAGUAGUGAGAGUGAACCUCUGUAGCGCCCCCGCUGGCAAAUAAAUGUCAUGUCUAUUUUUAAA